GAAGGAAGAAGAAGAAGUAGCUUCGCAGCAUCUUAACAGAGCAGGAGAUUAAUAAGUGCUGUUUAAUUUGCCUACACGUGUCAUUUACUUAUAGUAGGUUUUUCUUUAGUUUUUUUUUUCAGCUCUGUUAUUGGACAUGUGAAUUUUCCCACUCAUAAGAGCCGCCAUGUUUUGCUAACCGAAAGUUGCAGGAAUAAUAAUAAUACUAAUAACAACAACAACAACACUUUCUCAGUCCGCGCUGUAGUUAUUUAUAACGUGUCUGUAUGUUGGUGGUGGUUGUCGUUUAGUCUAGAAUGGACUGAGUUUAGGUUAUGUUGAGAUUAUUCACUGUUUCCAGGCUUGUACGCAGGGCUCUGUGCGUCAGCGCUGAAGAAAUGGGCAAGAAAGGCAGUUUCUUUUACGCAGUGAGGAAAGGCCACAGGCCUGGGGUGUACCAGACAUGGGAUGAGUGCAAGUUUCAGGUGGACAGAUUCCCUGAUGCUCGCUAUAAAAAGUUUGCCAGUGAAGCUGAGGCUUGGGCUUUUGUACAGAACAAGACAACAUCUACAGAGAAUUCUGAAGCCACAAAGCACACCACAAGUGCUUCUGUUAGCUCUAAAAGGACCAUCGAAGAGGACGAGGAUAACGGACAGGAUGCAAAACGAGUGAAACUUGAGACCUCCGAGGACAACAGUGCAAAGGGGCUUACUUACAUGGGAGAUGCAGUGGUGGUGUACACAGAUGGCUGUUGUACAAAAAAUGGGAGAGAUGGAGCUCGCGCAGGGAUCGGAGUGUACUGGGGUCCAAACCACCCUCUUAACGUUUCAGAGAGGUUAUCAGGGAGACAGACCAACCAACGAGCCGAACUACAGGCAGCCUGCAGGGCACUGGAACAAGCCAUUGAAAUGGACAUCCAAAAGCUGGUUCUCUACACAGACAGCAAGUUCACCAUUAAUGGGAUUACCAGCUGGGUAAAGAACUGGAAAACUAAUGGCUGGAGACUUAAAACAGGUGGUGAGGUGGUCAAUAAAGAUGACUUCCAAAAGCUGGAUGAACUGAAUGAAGAACUUGAUGUUAAAUGGUUGCACAUCCCAGGUCAUGCUGGCUAUUUAGGAAAUGAGGAGGCAGACAGACUCUCUAGAGAGGGAGCAGCAAAACCUCAGUGGUAACUGAUGUUAGGUAACGAAGACUACUGCUGGGUUAACACUUAAGCCUGGAUUAUUAUUAGUGUUUGUGUGUUCUCAUUGUGGAACCUAAACACUUUUAUUUUAAGUUUUUUUUUAUUUUAGUUGUUUUUUUCCUGUAAAUAAAGUAAAUUCAUGUGAAUUUGAA